CAUCUACCCUUUCUUUCACUCCCUAUAUAUACCAACCCAUUCAACACCUAAACUCCGCAUCCACAAAACCCUAAGUCUCUCCUACUCACCCCAUUUCCAAAACUCCGAACCAAAACAUUGAUCAUCAUCACAAUCUUCACACCAACAAUGUCUCUUCAGUUUCUCAUCUCACUCAUCUCUCUCUCUCUCCUCCUCUCGCCUGCCAUCUCUGGGCACGGCAACACUGUGAAAAUAUGGUGCAGCGAAACACCAUACCCACAACCCUGCGAGUACUUCUUAACUAACAACCCUAAAUAUAUCAAACCCAUCAAACAUAAGACAGAUUUCUUCAAACUCUCAGUCCUAUUAGCCCUAGACCGAGCAUUGCACGCCCAAACCCACACCUACAAGCUCGGCUCCAUGUGUCGUAACGAGCUCGAAAAGGAGGCUUGGGCCGACUGUCUUGAGCUCUACGAAUACACAAUCCACAGGCUCAACAAAACAGUCGAUCCAACCACCGAGUGGAGCAAUGACGACGCCCAAACGUGGCUGAGCACUGCUUUGACAAACCUCGAAACGUGCCAGGAAGGAUUCGAAGAGCUCGGCAUAGCCGACAAUGUCUAUCCAUUAAUGUCUAACAAUGUUUCUAAGUUGAUUAGUAACACUUUGGCUAUGAACAAUGUCCCAUAUCAUUUGCCGAGUUCUAAAAAAGGUGGGUUUCCGAGCUGGGUUAAGCCCGGUGUUCGGAAAUUGUUACAGACUGCAUCAUCUCCAGCGUCAAAAGCGAAUGUGGUAGUGGCGCAGGACGGGUCAGGGAAUUUUAAGACGAUUGGACAGGCGGUAGCGGCUGCAGCGGCAAAGGGAGGGAGUGCAAGGUUUGUGAUAUAUGUGAAGGCCGGGGUUUAUAAUGAGAAUGUUCAGAUUAAAGUGAAAAAUGUUAUGUUGAUUGGUGAUGGGAUUGGGAAGACUAUAAUCACUGGAAGCAAGAGUGUUGGUGGUGGCACUACCACCUUCCAAUCAGCCACUGUUGCGGUAGUCGGAGAUGGGUUUAUAGCACAAGGAAUCACAAUCAGGAACACAGCUGGAGCAGCGCAACACCAGGCCGUGGCACUAAGAGUGGGUGCUGACCUCUCAGUGUUCUAUCAAUGUAGUUUUGAAGCGUACCAAGACACACUAUAUGUCCACUCUUUGCGGCAAUUCUUUAGAGAAUGCGAUAUUUACGGAACUGUAGACUUUAUUUUUGGAAAUUCUGCUGUUGUCUUCCAAAAGUGCAACAUUUAUGCUCGUAGUCCUCCUAACAAGACCAACACCAUAACUGCACAAGGCAGAACAGACCCUAACCAAAACACCGGAAUUUCAAUCCACAACUGCAAGGUCACCGCUGCUCCGGAUUUGGUACCAGUGCAAAGCACAGUCAACACAUACCUUGGUCGGCCAUGGAAGAUGUACUCGCGCACAGUCUUUAUGAAUACUUUUCUCGAUUCGUUGAUAAACCCAGCAGGAUGGAUGCCUUGGACUGGAAAUUUUGCUCUUAGUACUCUGUACUAUGGGGAGUACAUGAACACUGGUCCUGGCUCGUCCACGGCUGGCCGGGUGAAAUGGCCUGGCUACCAUGUCAUAACUAGCGCCACUGUGGCUUCUCAAUUCACAGUAGGAAGCUUUAUCUCUGGAAACUCGUGGUUGCCAACAAACAACGUGCCAUUCACGUCCGGCCUUUGAUUUACGUCUGCAUGCAUGGUUACCUGCUCCAUGGCAACCCAUUUAUUUUCCUGCACCAAAAGAAGGGUCACAAAAAAAUAAAAGAAAAUGCGGUGCAAAUAUAUGGUAAUUGUUAAUAACUAUUGUUGUAUCAUUUCUCUAUUUUUUUUUUUAAUUUCAAUAUUUUCCUAUAGGGUUGUUUGUCUUUCUGUAAUUGUCAUAAGAAUAAUGGUGAUGAGUUUCAAUGUUUGUCAUUGAUGUCUAAUAAUUUCCAGUCAAUCAAAUUUCUAUGGUGAUUUUGAACUUCUUUGACAA